UUCUGUAGACAGUAUACUAUUUGGACUCUUUAUACAAACAUGUGCAUAAAGGCACAUAAUUAAAUGGCUUUUAAGGGAAAGACUGUCAUAAAUGUACGUGUGGACAGAAACCUAUACAACCUGCUAGCGAACGACUGAUGAUGAUGGUCGUAAUACUGCAGUACAAGUACAAAAUCUACAGACCUGGCACAGUAAACGAGAUUUACCCUAAAUGAGAAAUCUAUUUCCGUACGCUUGUCGAUGAUACGGUCCAGAUUCCGGUCUUUAAUCGGUACCCUUCAACCUUCGAUCCCUGGAGGCAAGGCAAUGGCAGUAGAAUGGCAGUAGGCGCUCACGACCAUCUGGAUACGUAUCCUCACUGGUUCCUACCUGUACUCAGACACACCCUUCUCUCGGCUUACAUCUCGUCGUAUUGGAGCGAAUUGGAAUCAAAACAACAAAAGAACAAUGUAGUGGAAGCUCGUUCGGACCUGCGGUUUGGAGGUCAGUCUGCCAAGGAGAACCCCGUGCAAGUGGAACGGGAAUGUGGAGUUCGCUUUGCGUUCGCGAGAUCAGGAACAGGAAGGACAGUGCGGAAGAGCCUCGGUGGGGCAGAUCAUGCACGGAGAAAGUGCGGACGGCGAACUUUGUUGUCGACCAGAACGGUGAAGAAAACAAAGGAAAGGAAAAGAAAAGAAAAGAAAAGUAUAAAAAAGCGAAGAGCCGAGAGAGACCACAACAUUCCAUCGCGGAACGAAGAAAUGGCUCCGGUCGACAUUCGACUCCACAUGCGGGCCGGGCGAACGCGUGACGGCGGGAAGCGUAGAAUUGCAGUAUAG